GGAAAAGGGCAAAUAAAUGAAGCCCAUCUUAUAUGAAGCGUGUUAAUUUCUAUUUGAUAUGUCCCACAUUUUAUUAUUGUCAUAAUGAUUGGUUUUCGGUCAUAAAUGAAGGGAAGGUUAAAUUUCAUAAUAAAUGAAUCUAUAAUCGAUUAAGCCAAAAAAGGAUAGUACAUACUAGUGAACAUGGAUGAACGAUUAUUUUGAUGUGUAGGCACAUAAAUAAUUUAGAAACAAAAACAAAACCUUUCAAGGCUACAACAGCAAUUAUUGAUAGAAAACUUUACACAAUUUUGAAGGUGACUAUAAUUUGAAAUCGUGAACUAUUUUCAUCAUAAAAUCUUUCGUCAAAUAGAUUGAAUCUGAAUUGUUUUACUUUCUAAACUCUGCAUUAAUUCUCAAGAAAAGGUAACUAAAAAGAAAAAAAUGGCUACACGAAUGAGCGAUAUGGGUAUGGAUGUACAGAUCAAUCGUCGGUUGAAUAGUAAAUAUGAUGCAGAGAGUGAAGCUGAAGCCAUCAAUUGGUUAAAUCAAUUAACAAACGAAAAUGUACCAUUUGGCAGAGAAAAUGUUGCAGCUGCUUUGAAAAAUGGACAGAUAUUAAUCAAGUUGAUUAAUGUCGUGUUUGAUGGUACUGCAUCUCUUCCAUCGGCUGCAGCUAAAAUGAAAAGACCAUUCAAAGCUAAUACAAUGACAGCUCCCUUUAAACAGAUGGAAAACAUUCAAACUUUUCUUAAUGCAGCAGUAGCCUAUGGAGUACCCAGAGCUAGUUUAUUUCAAACUGUUGAUUUGUAUGAAUUACGCAAUAUGCCACAAGUUUUAAAUACAUUACUACAACUUGGAACUGAGUGUCAACGUAACAAUUUUAAUGGACCCGUAUGUGGCCCCAAGCCAACUUAUGAAAAUAAACGUGAGUUCACUGAAGAACAACUUAGAGCAUCCGAAGGCAUAAUUGGUUUGCAAGCUGGAACUAAUAAAUGUGCUAGUCAAGCCGGAAUGAGUCAUGGUGGACCUCGACAUAUUACAGAUAUUAAAGUGGAUGCCGCUUCAAAAGAAGGCCAGGGUGUUAUUGGUCUCCAGAUGGGCUCAAACAAAGGUGCUACUCAAGCUGGAAUGAGUCAUGGGGGACCUCGACAUAUCACAGAUAUUAAAGUAGAUGCUGCUUCGAAAGAGGGUCAAGGUGUUAUCGGUCUCCAAAUGGGCUCAAACAAAGGUGCUACUCAAGCUGGAAUGAGUCAUGGUGGUCAGAGACAUAUUGCAGACAUCAAAGUUGGUGAUAUGUCAAAAGAAGGUCAGGGUAUAAUCGGUCUUCAAAUGGGUUCGAACAAAGGUGCUAGUCAAGCUGGAAUGAGUCAUGGUGGUCAGAGACAUAUUGCAGAUAUUAAAGUUGGUGAUAUGUCAAAAGAAGGUCAAGGUGUCAUCAGCUUACAAAUGGGCGCAGGUAAAGAUCAAGUGGCUUCACAAUCUGGUAUGAGCUUUGGAGCGCAACGUCAUAUUGUUGAUUCACAUUAAAACGAUCAUCAAUUGCGUCUAAUCUUCAUUUAUUUCAUAAGGCUUUCUGCUUAUUUACAAUUACAUCAUCAGAAUUAUCAUUCCUAUCUUACCCUCCUACUGUUAUCAAUAUGCUUAUCAUGAAGCCCUUUUCAAAUGACAGUCAAAAUUGAUCAUAUUUACGCUUAAUAUGAUAACUAUGAUAGUAAAGAGGAAGUAAAAUGUUCAAAGAGAAUUCAUGCAAUCUUAAAGGUUUAAACAAUAUUUCACACUAUUUAUUCUAGAAUGAGACAACUAUAGAAUGUUUUUUGGUGUUUUUUUGCUUUUUAACUAUCAAAAUGUUAUUCAUGUAUAAUUAAAUCUUUAUUCCGAUAUUCAAUAAAAAAUAUGAUUUUUCCGCCUUUCACUAUUUAAGUUUAUUGUUUACUAUUUAUUUCAAAAGUAGCGCUUCAUUAAAACUUUCUCUCUCUCUCUCUUUCUCUCGAAAAGGUUGUUGCUAUGACACUCUUCAUGAUUUACUUUUACUUUUGAGAUCAGUUUUGAUCCAUAAAAUUGACCGAAAAAAUGAUUUUUUUUAUAAUGUAUUUAUUCACAUUGUCAUGGAUCUGUUUUAUCACUGCUUCUCUGCUAUCACUAUUAACAAUAAUAAUAAGUUUGUAAUAAAUAGUGUUCCAUUA